UUUGAAGGCGAGACCACGUGGCCGCUGUGUGGAUCUGGAGGCUAACUGACAGGAGCUCUGCAGUCUGCAGUAUAUCUCUGUAUCUGCGGUCUCUACUAGAGCUUCUAUAAAAGCUCCAGCUGAGCUCCAUCUCUUCACCUGUCUGUAUGGAGAACUACAGGAAGGCGGGUGUGGUGGAGCAGCCGUGCCCGUGCCCGUUCACCAGCCUCCCGGCCGACACCCCUCAGGUGCGGGUGCGGGAGGGCAGUAAGAUCCGGAACCUGAUGAGGUUCGCUCUGAGUCGGAUGGAGGGGAAAGCGGCGGCGGAGAGCGCAGGAACCGCGGAGGAACCCGAGCAGAACCAGAACCCGAACCAGAACCUGAGCGCGGGCGGAGAGGCCGGCUGCAGGCAGAUCGUGUUCUCGGGGGCGGGGCCGAGCGUGGCCAAGGCCAUCACCUGCGUGGAGAUCUUGAAGCGGCGCGUCCGCGGCCUGCACCAGGUCAACCGCCUGCUGUACCGCACCGUCCAGGAGACCUGGGAGCCGCUGGAGCCGGAGGCGGGGCUGGAGCGCCUGACGGUCAGCAGGAACGUGCCGGGGAUCUGGGUCCUGCUCUCCAGAGACCCGCUGGACUCUGGCCAGCCGGGGUACCAAGCGCCCGGGAGCUUCGACUCGCUGUGGGCUCAGGCUGUUAGAGAGGAGACGCAGGGCCAGAGGCAGCAGCAGAGGAGGAAACGAGGAGGAGGAGGAGGAUGGGGAGGAGGUUCUGGAGGUUCUGCAGGAGGUACCAGUCGAGGAAAAGGCCCGAGAAAGCAGCCGACACGUCCAAGAGAGGGACGAAAAGCACCAGGACAAGCUGGAGGAGGACAGGAAUGAAGACGGACGCUGUGUUUGCUGAAUUUUCAGUUUCCUGGAAGUUCUGAAAGGUUUCGAACUCGCCUUCUUUUAGGUGUUCUCCAACUAGGGCUGCAACGAUUAGUCGAUAUAAUCGACAAUGUCGAAUAUUAAAAUUUGUCGACUACAAAUUUCAUUGUCGACUAAUCGUUCAUUUCUAACAGUACCGCAUUACACAAAGUGCUGGAGACAGUAGCGCAACUUAAUCUGUAUCUCUUAAAGUGUCCAUAUCUAGACCUUUAAAUGCCUUCUAAAUCUCUAGAGAUGGAAAACAUGGCUGAAAUAAUCGCUGACUAACCGACUAAUCGAUUUAUCGGAAAAAUAAUCAUCAGAUUAGUCAACUACCAAAAUCAUUAUUAGUUGCAGCCCUAUCUCCAACUCGCACACCUGAGGAGAAACACCUAAAGUAGAACUGUGGUGUAAAAUGGAAAAAAAACUUACCUUUACUGAACAGCACACCUCUGUCCUAAAAAAUGUUACGCUCAGGCCCGUCACAAUAAGAAUUUUGGUUGGACUUUACUUUAAAUAAGAGAAAAAAAGCAUUUUAGCCACCAAUAAAAUAAUAUUAUAGUAGCGUAACAUUGGAAAUUGUAAAGUCUUAAGUUUGGACACACCUUAAGUUCAGUGUUUUUUUCAUUAUUUUAAAAUGUUCCGAAUUGCAGAUUAAUACUAAAAUCAUCCAAACUAUAAAGAAAAGCAUAUAGAACUAUUACUUUUUUUAUUAAACUAAAACUAGUGAUGAAUAAAUCAGAAUAUGUUUCAUAUUUUACAUUCAACAAAGUAGCACCUCUUUUUAUUGGCGUUUUCUCAGUCAGUUUUAUGAGGUAGAGUCUCCUGGAAUUCAGGCUUUCAGUUAACAGCUGUGCUGAACUCAUCAAGAGUUAAUUACUUGAAUUUCUUGUCUCUUGAUGUGUUUGAGAGCAAUGAUGGAACUGGCACUCAUGAGGACCACCCCAGGAAAGGUAGAGUAAGAAUUUUCUCUGUUGCAGAAGAUAACUUCAGUAUUUUGGUUUGUUUAACACUGUUUUUAAGUUACUACAUGAUUCCUUAUGUGUUCCUUCAUAAUCUGAUAGAUCACUUCACUAUUCAUUUACUAUGUAGGAAAUAAAGAGAAGAUGUGUCCAAACUUUUGACUGGUAUUGAGAAUAUAUAUUGUAAAUAUAUAAGAACCCCUAAAAGAGUUUGCAUAGGUUAAAAAUGUUAGAAAUCUCUGUUUAAUACCAAUUAAAAUCACUUUAAGACCAUUCAGGAACAUUUAUUUUCAGGACUGGAAAAGGUUAUUAGAUCAUUCUUUUUUGUUUAACUUUGAAAAUUAAAUAAAAUCUGUAUUUUCAUGCAUAUAAGUUUUGAUUUGUCUUAAAAAAA